AUGGAGCGGCUGCAGCCGGGCUCGGUCGACUGGGGACGCGUCGAGGGCACGCCAAAGAACAAGUACGAGAGGGUGGCCAACUGCAACUAUGCCACCAAGGUGGCCAAGGACCUCGGCUGCAAGCUCGUCGGCAUCUCGGGGCAGGACAUUGCCGACGGCAACGAGAAGCUGCUUCUGGCCAUCUGGUGGCAGCUGAUGCGCAAGGACUUCAUGCAGUUCCUCGACGAGCUCGACAUGGACCAGGCGCACGUGCUCACGUGGGCCAACGCGCAGGUGGCGAAGAGCGGCACCGACAUCCAGCUCCGCCGCUUUGGCGACAAGGCGAUCCGUUCCGGCGUCUACCUGCUGCAGCUGAUGAGGGCGGUGGCGCCUCACGCCGUCGACGAGGCCCACAUCAAGCCGGGCCUCACUGAGCUCGAGCGGCAGCUCAACGCUAAGCUCGCCAUCUCGACGGCGCACAAGAUGGGCGCCCGCGUCUUCUGCGGCUGGCAGGACAUCCUCGAG